AGAAUUGAGAGCGCAGGGGAUAGACUGCUGCCUACUGUAGCAAGCACCGUUCUUACAUUCAAUAUCUAAACUACUGCUGUCUUCUGUGUUUGAAAAGUUUGAGCAAGUCAACUGCCCCACAUCUAACAUCAAAAGAUGGGAAGUGGAAUUAGUUCAGAGAGCAAGGAGUCAGCCAAAAGGUCCAAAGAACUGGAGAAAAAGCUUCAGGAAGAUGCGGAACGGGAUGCAAGAACUGUGAAGUUGCUGCUACUGGGAGCAGGUGAAUCUGGGAAAAGUACUAUUGUUAAGCAAAUGAAGAUCAUCCAUAAGAAUGGUUACAGUAAACAAGAAUGUAUGGAGUUCAAAGCAGUGAUUUACAGCAACACAUUGCAGUCCAUCCUAGCCAUUGUGAAAGCCAUGGCUACACUUGGGAUUGAUUAUGUCAAUCCUAGAAGUCGAGAGGACCAACAACAACUUCACUCAAUGGCGAAUACACUAGAAGAUGGUGAUAUGACACCUCAGCUGGCUGAAAUAAUUAAACGACUGUGGGGAGAUCCAGGAAUCCAAGCCUGCUUUGAAAGGGCAUCUGAAUACCAGCUCAAUGACUCUGCAGCUUACUACCUUAAUGACUUAGAUAGAAUCACAGCACCAGGGUAUGUGCCAAAUGAGCAAGAUGUUCUACAUUCCCGGGUGAAAACCACCGGCAUCAUUGAAACUCAAUUCUCCUUUAAAGACCUGAACUUCAGAAUGUUUGAUGUAGGUGGCCAGAGAUCAGAGAGAAAGAAAUGGAUCCACUGUUUUGAAGGAGUGACGUGCAUUAUAUUUUGUGCAGCGCUGAGUGCCUAUGACAUGGUGCUUGUAGAAGAUGAAGAGGUGAAUAGAAUGCAUGAAAGUCUUCACCUGUUCAACAGCAUCUGUAAUCACAAGUAUUUUGCAACCACCUCCAUUGUUCUGUUUCUUAACAAGAAAGAUCUCUUCCAGGAGAAAGUGACUAAGGUGCACCUCAGCAUCUGCUUUCCAGAAUACACUGGGCCAAAUACAUUCGAAGAUGCAGGGAACUACAUCAAGAACCAGUUUCUAGACCUGAACUUAAAAAAAGAAGAUAAGGAAAUCUAUUCUCACAUGACCUGUGCUACCGACACACAAAACGUCAAAUUCGUGUUUGAUGCAGUGACAGAUAUAAUAAUAAAAGAGAACCUCAAAGACUGUGGGCUUUUCUGAGCAACCACUUGUGAUGGCUGUAGUCUUCUUGAGACAUAAAAAGAUGCUGUGCUUUAGCUUGGCUAGAUAUAACUGAUCUAGAAAUGUAACUAGCAUUAUAAAAUGAAAGGUUCACAUGAAAAUGUUACUGUGGUAUCAUGUAAGGUUUUCUUGG